AAUAACUCCUGAUCUAUGUUACAGUCUGUUGCAGCUUCAAUUCUGUGUUGUAGGUAGAUUGCAUACUGGAACCGUGGUUUGAUAUCAGCUAAGGCUUCAGUUUUGUUACACUGUGUUUGAUUUUUACCCUGCUUAGAGACGUCAAGAUGACAACUGCAACAACACAUUCCUUCCCUUAUAAACAGAUCUGGGAAGAACCUAAAACCCAUUCUGAGAAAUGGAAGAAGAAGACCAGGAUGAAGGUAUCAGAUGAACUUCAAACCUGCAGUUCAUUUCACAGCAAGGGGCAAGAGCUAGAAGAGCUGGGUGAGAAGGAUGUAUCUGAGCUAGAUUUUUUUCCCAGCGGGCUGGAAAGAGAAGAGAGUGCGCUGGACACCACCGACCAAGAAACCCUCAUGUGUGAAGAGGAGGGGAGGAAAAGUUCAUGUUCCAGCAUCACUGGAAAGAAAAAGAAGAGGAAGAAGAGAUGACCAGUGAUAAAUCUGACCAACUGUAAAUAUGAAAGCGUACGGCGAGCUGCUAAGAUGUGUGGCCUCCGGGAAGCAAAUGAGAUGGAUGACUGGACCUUGUAUUGGACAGAUUAUUCAGUCUCACUGGAUCGAGUGCUGGAAAUGAAAAGUUAUCAGAAAAUAAACCAUUUCCCUGGGAUGUCUGAAAUCUGUAGGAAGGAUCUUCUGGCCAGGAACAUGGGCAGGAUGUUAAAACUUUUCCCCAAGGAGUUUAACUUCUUUCCUAGGACCUGGUGUCUUCCUGCUGAUUAUGGAGAAUUACAGGCUUACAGCAGAUCAAAAAAACAUAAGACCUUCAUCUGUAAGCCGGACUCUGGCUGUCAAGGCAGAGGCAUCUAUGUCACAAGAUCUGUGAAAGAUAUCAAACCAGAAGAAGAUAUGAUCUGCCAGCUAUAUAUCUCAAAGCCUUUUAUUAUUGAUGGAUUCAAGUUUGAUCUGAGAGUUUAUGUGCUGGUUACAUCGUGUGAUCCACUGCGGGUAUAUAUUUAUAAAGAAGGCCUUGCACGUUUUGCAACAUCCACUUACUCAGACCCAUCAAUCAGCAACUUGGACAACGUCUGCAUGCACCUGACUAAUUAUUCAAUUAACAAGCACAGCGCUAAUUUUGUACGAGACGAAGAUUCUGGUAGCAAGAGGAAGCUAUCUACCUUUAAUAAGCACAUGGUGGAAAAUGGCUAUGAAACAGAAUCAAUAUGGAAGGACAUUGAAGAGGUGGUGGUUAAAACCCUGUUAUCAGCCUAUCCUGUCAUCAAGCAUAACUAUCUCACCUGUUUCCCCAACCACACCAUGGGAAGUGCUUGCUUUGAGAUUUUGGGUUUUGAUAUUUUACUGGAUCGCAAACUCAAACCAUGGUUGCUUGAGGUGAACCAUUCUCCGAGCUUCUGUACCGAUUCAUGCCUUGAUAAAGAAGUGAAAGACCAACUCCUGCACGACACACUGGUUCUGAUAAACUUAGGAGCUUGCGAUAAGCGGAAAGUCCUGGAAGAGGAGAGGCGACGAGGAAAAGAGAGACUUCUCAAGCAGUGCCGUAAUCGAGAGUCGAGGGUCAUGGAAUACAAGAAUUGCCAAGCAGCUUGGCUCAAGCAAGCGGAGAAAUAUGAGGAAAAACACAUUGGAGGCUACCGCCGAAUUUACCCUGCUUCUGAUUCAGACAAAUAUAACAAAUUUUUCCAACACCACAAUUCGCUCUUCCAAGAAACAGCAGCUUCCAGAGCACGUGAAGAGUAUGCCAGGCAGCAACUUCAAGAGCUACGUCUCAAGCAGGAACAAAAAAACCCUUUAUCAAGAGAAAAGAAAAUGGAACUCCAGGGAGAGUCUGGUGGAGAAAAGAUAAAGGUUUACAGGCAAAAGAUGGUAUCCAGAACAACUGUGACACAAACCUGUGCUCAGCCUCAGGAUUGUUCAGAAUCUGAGCCUGGGACUGCUAUUCUGCUUCGAAAUUUCUCGUACAACCAGGAACCCAAGAAGGAAGCAGUUUCUGUUGGUCCAAAUCUCUUCCAUCCAGAGACCCCUGGGUCAGACAGCUGUCCAGAAACACUUGAGAAACAUCCUGUGAGGCCUUAUAGCUCCGUGCCUGACCUUACGAGACAGAACUCAACCUUCACCACUGAGCAAUGUAACUCCAACCCAGAACUGGGAGAUACCAUCAGCAGUCACCGAUCUGCAACAGAUCUCCAACCACCAGAAGAAUUUCCCAAAAUAUUUGCUAAAGAAAGCCCAAAUCCUCCCAAGCAGCUUCCGGAAAUGUUGCAACCUCGUGCAGUGAGUGCAGCAGCAAUCGGACGGUCUUUCUGUAACGCUGUGACAGUUAAAAAGGCUCAGCUUUUCAGAAGUGAGCAAGCCCAGCUGCAUGUUAGACAAACCUCAGCCUCCCCACGCUCAUCCAUCCAGAGGUUAAAAAUGAAUUUCUCAGAGAACAAAAGUGAAAAAAGAACCAUCUUGGUCUCAGAAUUCUUCAGGAAGGUGAAUUUUACACCACUGGAAAAACCUCCCAGACUUUUCCUGCAACACCAGCCUGGUCACCUUACAACCAGAGCACAAAGCGCCCUCCUCCCAAGAGAAAUCCAUCUGAGCAGCAGGAAUGCAUCAUACAGAAAGCAGGCAAAGUGCCACACUGUCCACUUAAAUAUGCAAAAGCCGACCUUUCAGCAGCACAGCUUGCAAGACCUGUUGGUGAUCUCACAGAUGAAUCAGCAGUCCAAGAAAACAAAUAAGCCAAUGUUGGGAGAUAUCUCAGGGGCCAGGGUCUGAGUGAAUCUUUUGCAAACAACUAAAGAUGGCUCUGGGACCCAAAAUGUGCUCUUUUAAUUGGAAAUCCAUUGGCGUUUUCAACUUAUCUUUUCUAAAUAUACUCUUGUGUAAAGGAGCUUCCAUGCAGCGAAUGAAAUUUGACAGGUAAAAGAUGUUGGGUCUUCUUAGAACAAGUGGGUCUUGAGAUAAGGGAAGGCCUGGUUGGUGCUGGUGCUGCUUUGCAAUCUGAAAAAUCCUCUUCUGACAAUUUCCAUGAAGGUGAGUGCUGUGUUAAGCCAAUUUCAGAUACUAGAAAGUUAAGCCUUCUGUGUGACUUCCAGUCAUAACCUCCUCAAGUCCCACAUCACCUGCAAUCUUGUACUGUACGUUGAAAGCUGAAUCCCAGUGGCCAAACCAGACAUGAUUUGAAGGUGCCUGAUUCUUGCUCCUGAAAACAGCCUACAUUGCAAGAAGAAAAGUUCAGGGGAAUGGUCUGUAACCUUCUUCAGCUCUUUGUCCACAUAUACCUAGCUUUGGAGAAAAUAUAUGUCAAAUCCCUGUGUUUCCUUCACCCUCCUAGAGAAGAAGAGUUUUUGCAGGACUCAUUUUGAGAAGUCGAACAGCUAGAGGGAACAGGUUUAAGUAGCUCUUCUUUCCAAUGUUCUUCUAUUUCCCCUUGCAGCUGCUGAGACUUUCAUAAACAAUACUCCCCUUCAGGAAUAAAACAGGGGGAUGAAGAUUUUUUUAGUAAACCACGAGAGUAAUUGCAAUGAACUGACAGAAUCUUAAUAAAGAUGGGAAAGAUUCAAGUACAGAGGGCUUGGGCUUUCCCUACUGGAAUAAAACUAUCCUGUACAUCUUUGGA